GUUGAAGAGGGAGAUUGGGUAGUGACAGUAACAGCAGCAGCUGUUUAAGGAGGUGGUGGAGGAGGAGGAGCAGGAGGCUAGACUGGAGCUAAAGCGAGUCGCUCCGGGGGAAUGGACUGCAUUUAAGCCGGAACGGUUUCCUGCAAACCUCAUAAGACGUCAGUGAGUCAUGGAGGACGACGGUGGCUUCAUAGAGUUUGACGUUCCAGAGUUCAGCAACACUGUCCUUAAGCAGCUCAAUGAGCUGCGGCUCCAGGGUAAGCUCUGUGAUAUUAUCGUGCACAUCCAGGGCCGACCAUUCCAGGCACACAAAGCUGUGCUGGCUGCCAGUUCACCAUACUUCCGUGACCACUCGUCUCUAGGCAGCAUGACUGGGCUCUCCAUCUCCGUCAUCAAGGACCCUGCAGUGUUUGAGCAGCUAUUAACCUUUUGCUACACGGGACAUAUGGAGCUAAAUCUGCGAGAUGUUGUUAGCUUCCUCACAGCAGCCAGCUUCCUGCAAAUGCAGGCUGUCAUCGACAAGUGUACACAGAUCCUGGAGGGCCUCCACUCAAAAAUCAGUCUGCCUGUUGUUACGGGUCGAGCAGAAGCUGACGAAGAGCUCAAUUCUAGAACAGGGCACAAUGGUGCAAAGGAGGUGGGUAUUUUUUUAAAUCCUACCCAGAUCUCCCCACCCUAUUACCCUAAGAAAAGCCAUCGUGAGGCAAGUGGAGGUGGAAAAGGGCUUGCGCACACAGAGGAAGGGCAAUCAGAUAGAGGAAGCGAUUGCGCUUCAGAGCAGGAGGCAUCAAUGGAAGCAGAGCCUGAUCAAGUGGACUUGAUUGAGAAGAAUAGACAAGUUGCUGAUAUUCACAUCAAGCUGGAAAAAACAACACGGCCCAGCUACUCAGACAGCUCAUCAGCUGGUGAUGAUAGCUACCACACAGAAUUGGUGGAUGGUGAGCAAGUUUUAGCAGUGACUGUAGGACCUUAUGGACCAUUGCCUCCUUCUGCUCAGUACACCUACUCGGCAAUCCCUUCACCCUGCUUUGUUGGCAUCAGUCCAUCUAGUCCCUCUCAGUCUAUUCUUGGUGGAUUUCGAGGUGGCCGCACCAGACCUAAGCGGAAUAUGCCAGUCCCGGCUGAUGUACUUUCUCAGCUUAAGCCAGGCACAGAGGAUGGAGAGGGAGUAGCGUCAGGAGUUGUUUUUGAGAACGAUGUGAGGGAACGAGGUCUCCGUGGCCACUGGUAUCCUUUCAACGAGCGCCUUGUGUGUGUGUAUUGUGGAAAGUCAUUUAACCAGAAAGGCAGCCUGGACCGCCACAUGCGUUUGCACAUGGGCAUUACUCCAUUCGUCUGCAAGUACUGUGGCAAGAAGUAUACACGCAAAGACCAACUAGAGUAUCACAUCCGUGGGCACACGGACAACAAACCCUUCCACUGCCAGAUCUGCGGCAAGUGUUUCCCUUUUCAGGGAACCCUCAACCAGCACUUGCGUAAAAAGCACAUGGGUUCCGGUGUCGAAAUGACCAACCAUACAGGUCCACAAGGAGAAGCAGCUGAUGGCCAGCGAGGGACACCGGUAGAAGCUUCUGAGAAUGUCUACAAUGAUACGUAUAAUGAUGAUGGGUCUGCGAAAACCGAGGGUGAGGAGAGUGUAAAGGGCAGUGUCGAAGAACCCCCUGGGUCCAGAUGUGAUUAUUAGGUUAUUGAGUUUGUAGCAGGUUUCAUUCUGUGUUGUGCAGCCUUUAAACAUUUAAACUUAACUGUUUUAAGAGAAGUGGAUAUUGAACCUGCCUUGCACAUUUUCUACAUGUGCAUCUGGUUUAAGAAGAGAUAACAUUCUUAAUACUCAAAUUUUUCAAAGGUGAGGGGAACUGUAUUCAGGGAGAAGGAUUGAGUGGGACAUCUCAAUAAUUAAGGCCUUCAAAGAGUUUUUUUUUUUAAAUAUAUAUAUAUAGAUAUAGAUAAAUAUUUCCAUGUUUUUAAGCAUAGAGUAAUAUAGGCAUGUUGCAAUAAUGAAUAAUGUGAAAGCUCAGUUAAGAUGCUCGUCAUAUCAUGCUUUUACCUGACCUGUUUUUGCACAUUUGGCCUCAAGUAGGCUGAUAACUCACACGGAUCGGUUUUACCUACCAGUGCAAAAGCUCUGUGACACAUCUGUUCAAUACCUCAUCACACAAUGUAACAUACUCACAAUAAGACAGUAUUGUCAAACAUUAUUCUGCUCCAACCUGGUUCUACCUCAGUCCAGAACCUAGGAAGUCAAGAAACGUUUUUAGAAGGUUUCAGUUGCUUUACGUAGCUUUCUUGGCACAAUGCAUUUUCACUACACAAAGCCUUGGUACUACAGUGAACUGUUUGUUUGAGACUGUGCAAAUCCAGACUCUGGAUGUGUUAAAAAAUAUUGUAUGUUUUAGAGAAAGGUGCUUUUUAUGGAUGGAGAAUUAAAUACCAGACAUGAUAAAUAAUAGUAUAGUUGAUUACAUUUUUGGUCUACUUAAGCAAGGAAUCAUCAAACCUAACUGAUGAAUAAUACAAGAAAACCUAUACCUGUAACCUAAAACCUGUACACUUUUAUAGAUUUUAGUACAAGAAAGUCAGUAUAUUUUAGAAACAUUAUCAGAAGAACUGGUGUUGAUUUUUUUUUUUUUUUUUUUUUUUUUUUCUAUUGCAAUAUUAAUUUGCUGGUUGAUACUCCUUGUGCUGGGCCAUCUUUUACAAUCUCAGAACUGAAAAUCAUGCCAAAAGUCCUCAACACUAAACAAGCAUAAAAUGCUUUUUAGAUUAGUGUAAGAUGAGUGUCAGUACAUUUAUUUGUUUUGAAGCCAAUAGAUUGUGUGUAGAUUUACACAGUUUUUAUGAUCCCCAAUGGCCAUUUGGGGGAUAAAUGACUUGUUGCCUUUAAAGCUUUCUUUAAAUAGAUUUAUUCAACAUGGUUGUAUCAAUUUGAAUUAUGUUCAUAAAGUCUAAACUCAUUUCUUUAAAGAAAUUUACAUAAACCUUAAAAUUGAUUGGAAUGUUGGUUAAGCACACGUUCCAAAAUUGGCACUUAUUUAAAAGAUUUAACAAAAGAAAUUGGGUAUUCUGCUUCCAUUGUCAAAGUGGCUAAGUCUACCAAAUUAUGGCCAAGAUAAUAUAUUAGUCAAGCGGGUCUGUUCUUGUUUGUUUAAAUUCAAUAAACCUCAAUAAAUUGUUUCAACAAACAUAUAAGCACUUAAGAAAAUAAUUGUUAUACCUUUACUCAUAGUCUUUACUUUUUAUGUUUAUAAUUGCAAUUUUUAGCCUUAAGAGUAUAGCUUGAGCUUAUAUAAUAAUUUAUACACCCCUACUCUAGGGCAAAAUUGUUCAGAUUUCUUUUGGCCAAAAGAAGUGUCAACAGUUUUAAAGUGUCUGCUCAGAUUGGAUUAUUUUUAGAAUAAUCCAAGGUUUAUAGCCGUGAAAAGUGUUCUUUGAAACUUAUUUAAAAAUCUACAAAUUCAUCUUUAAAUUAUGAUUAAAAACAAAAAUCUACAGAUCAAUCAUUAGAUCAAGACUUGGAUAACCGAUGUAUGCUAGCUUUGAAGGCACUUAAGUAUUCAUCCCCAUGAAUGAUGAUAAAAUGUUUAUGUAGAGCAAGUUUAGUGUACUCUGCGCAGGUGUAGGGUGUUCUCCCUUCACUGGCCAACAUUUAAAAAUACCACCAUGUUCUCAUAUAAUAGUUUUUUUUUUUCUAAUAUGUAAAAUGUGCAGACACGCUUCCAUUAUAAGAAAGGUGAACUUGUGACAAUCGUUGGGAAUUUUUAUUAAUCAGUGUUUUGGAAAACAGUGACUUAUAAUGAAUGCUUUAUUUCUACUUUUCAGAAAUUCUUAUUAAUAAUUCUGUCACUGUAAAAUUUACAGUCUGCUCUGAGAAACACUGAGCAGCACCGCCAUGGCUGCAUAAUAGAAAUCACAUUAUCCCAUUUGCUACUGAAGCCCCCACCCCCCAUUUUUUUGGAAUAUUAUAGCACUUAAUUUGAUGUAAUAUGUAGGGAGCCUGUGUCUGUAACAUUGCAAAAUUGUUUUUCAUUUUUUUUACCUGACAUGCUUUUACAGCUAAUAUUCUUCCCUAGACCAAAGCAGAUGGUUUUAUGGUUGGUUUACUAAUGGUGCUUUUUUUUUUCAUUAUUUUUUAAACACCGCUAGUUUAUUUUAAUCAGUUUGUCAUUGUAUUUGUGUGACGUGACUUAUAUUGUAAGUACUGUCAAGGAAACUGUCAAACCCUUUGUCUUAAAAGAUUUCUAAGGUUUAGAUUUUUAGUAGCAGUGCUUCAUAGAAUCCUGAGGAGGUUCUGUUCUCCUAGCUUUUUCCUAACAUUGUUUUGUUUGGCUUUUUUUUUUAUUUUUACGUUUUUCUUUCUUUGUUGUUAGUUAAUAUCUUUGCUUAGAUUAGCAGUAUGCAGUCAGCAGUGGUUCUCUUAUGGUCCCUUUCAUUUUGGGAAUAAAGAGUGGCUGACUUUCUGCACAUCAACAGAUGAGUUUUAGCCAGUUAUGUAACUACACAUGUACAUGUGCCUAGUGCCCACAGCCAUUGCCUACUGUUUGUGGAUAUUUAACAGGUACUUGUAGAAAAGAGCUGAGAUUGUCUGCCUAAUUGUUAUUGCAAUUUUGGCCACUAACCAAAGAGCAACCAAAAAACUAUGUAGUGAUAGUUAUACAUGCUGCACAGUUUUGUGUUGAGAGCAAACCCCACUUACACAACUAAAGAGAAUCAUGAAUUUACUUUCAGGCAAACACUCAAGGUCAUGACAGAAGGGGGAUCAGUGCUUAAGGUUUUUUUUUUUUUUUUGUUAUGGUUUGGUUUGUUUGUUUGUUUUUCUUUUCCUCAAACCAUGUUUGAACAAAAGAGAGAGUCUGUUUUAUUGUAGUUAAGGUAAAUGUAAUUUUAAGCCAUAAAAUGUAAUAACAGUGGUGGAAUGACUGGAUGUUUUCAUUUCAUAACUCAGUUCUUACUGAAUAAUCUGUAUUAGGAUUGAAUUUGUGCCUUGCCACAAGAAAUGCUAAUUUACCUUAUGUACCCGUUUUUUCUAAAGUCAUUUACAGGACAGGUGUGUGCACGAAUCAGUUCAUUUUGGUCCAUGUGUAUUUUUCAAGCUAUUGACACGUUUGCUUAUUAAUACCACUUGUCAGGGUUUUCGCUUUUAAAAAUGCAUAUAAUCUUUUACGUUUCUUUUAUGUGUGUUAUGAUAUUUGUUAAGGUUUUAUGGAGUUAAGAAGUUCAAUGCAGUAGCAGAGAUGUUGCAUUAAUAAAUAUGCAGUUUUUGACCGGAAGAGAUUGUAGCAGGUCAUAAAGGGACAAUCAGAUGGCUUCAUCCACUAGAAGCUACCUCUUGACAUAAGUAAAUUAUACCUUGAGCUAUUGAAUUUGACAUUUAAUUAGAUCUUGCUCGAAUAAAUCUUUUCAUUUUGUCAGCUACUCUGCAGUUUAAUAUUGAAGUGCAUGCUAGGCCACUUGUAGAUGUAGAAAUGUACUGCAUGGUGGUUACCACAUCUAUAAUGAAAACUGAAAUGGAGACCUGUAUUUCUGUUUAUAGAUUUUAUUUUUGUUUUAAACAUUAUUAUCUGGCAUGCACUUAAGGGGAACUUUUUUUUAAUGUAAUCAAAAGAUAUUCUACAUACAGGGGACUAGCUUACUUUAUCUUACUACUCUUUAAUGGGACUCAAAAUAUAAAGCCUCAAAUAUUUCACUUCUGGGGAGUUUUAACCUUUUUAAUGGUGCUUUUUAGACUGGUCAGGUGUAUUUGAUUUUAUAUUAUAGUACAUGUGUACAUAAGGGAAAUCGUGGUGAUUUUAAAUAUGGUUGAGUAUAACAAAAUUAGUAUCAAUCAACUCGUUUUCACAGGAUAACUUUUCACCAUUUGUGUGCAAAUCACAAAUAGGCCAGGCAGUUACUAUGAGCUAUGAGCAGUAAUCAGAAAGAAGGGUUCACAGGAAUAGCUAUAGGACUACUUUAAGAAUAUGCAGCUUGUCCUUAUAUCAAAGCUGACGUGCUUCAGGUAGUUUAUGAACACUGAUAUUAGUUUUAAAGUCUUCCAUUGCUUCUCUGCUUCCAGCGUGUCCCCACUGUGCAAUCUGCAAAAGCAAUAUCAUUUUUAAAGCAGUUUGACACUGUGGACUGUUGCACAUAAAAAAAAAAAUCAUGUCUCAAAGUAAUUGCCAUCAUUGAUAUCAGGGAGCCGAGGAAAAGAUGAUGAUGAUGAUGAUGAUUAUUAUGAUUAGAACUUAAUAGACCUGUGAAUAUUUGAAUACAAUACAAUGAAUGAUGUUAAAAUGCUUCUAAGUUUGGCUUAUUGGUUUACUGCAGUUUAUAGGCCAUGUACCAACUGAAGGCUAUAAGUGUCUGAGCCGCAUGGACAUUUUGUUUGUGUAUUCGUCACCGUUUACCAUGUCACUGCAACCGGUAUAAUGCCGUACCCAUUUUGAAUAUGAACGGCAUACUGGGAGAGAUGUGCUGCUUUCCUGACAGCCACAAAGAUCUCUUCCACAUCCUCAUGUACUGGGACUGCAGAUUAAAGACCAUCAGAGCUUGAACACACUGACAGAAAUAAGUAUGUCUUAUUGGUGGAUUUCUGUUAUCAAAUAGUACCUGGAAUUCGGCUGCUUCUAGUUCUCGUGUAUUCUGUGAUAUGGCAAAAAAGUACAACUCAGGGUUUACUAGUAUUCAGCUAUGGCCACUUUGGACAUGCACUGCAUUUUGUAUGUUCAGAAUAAUCAUGCACUUUUACUUCAGGUUGGGAAAGCGAGUCUUCAGUCAGUGGUUCCCAAAAAAAAAAAAAAAAACAGUCUGCCUCAUGGGUGUGUGUAAAACACCCACCUUUUUCCAUUUUUACUUUCUGUAUCUAUGGGAUGAGCACAGGGCUUUAGCGUUGAGGAAAUGCUAGAGCUCUUUAGGCUUCGUCUCUGGAAGUAUCUCUCUGUAAUCCACUAUAUUAACAACCUCACAAACCCUACUGUGAACCUCAAAAGUUCUACUGUUUUAUACAAUUAUGAAGUACAUUAAAGCUAGCUGGUGCCAAUGCUGUAAAAGUUAACUUGCCAUUUCUGAUUUUUUGUUUCAUAGCAUGAAAUAAUAUAUUUAUUCAAAUUAUAUAUUUUACUCAUAAUCAUUCUGUGCUGCUUUUUUUGUUUGUUUGUUUUACAGAGCCUGUAAAUUGCUUUUUUUAUGACCUAUAAAUGACAAUAGAUGCACAAAAUGCAAAAUGCAUUUGUUCAUAAAAUAAAGAUGCUGAUUUGGCAAA